CUAUCCGACUCGCGCUCAGCGGCGCUCAGGGCAGAUCUUCAACUCCUUCCCCACUCGCGCUCAGCGGCGCUCAGGCUCGGCUCGGCGGCGGCGUCGGCGUCGGCGGCUCCCCCUUCCGCCUCUCGCCAGUCGCCUCGCGCCCUCGCCUCCGUCCUCCGCGCACCGGCCGGCGACCCUGCGUACGCACCUCCCUCUCCCCUCCCGCCUCUGCUGUACCGUGGGAGCCCGGCCAGCUGCCCAGGGUAGCCGGGCCUUGGCUCCGCCGGUGGUGGUGCCUGCUCCGUGCUGCCCAUGUUGCUUGGCUAUUGCAAAAAUUUCAGCUUUGCUCUGGGCUGUGGCAUCUGUCACCCACGAGAUUACCACGCUCUAGAUAACGGAUUUACCCCCUAUUAGACGGCUACAACAAUUCUUUGCUUCGGGUUUAGAGGCACAUCAUGUCUUCAGGGGAGCUGAGAACUAGCUUUCCAGAUUUGGCUGUGGGUUCGCCUGCCUUGACAGAGGGCCAAACUAAAUCUUCAGGUGACUUGUCAUCCGAGGGGGCACUGCAAGUAACUUGUUUCACAGAGGACCUUCAUGAUGUCAUACUUCAUUUUCAGAUAGUGAGGUUCGCUAAACAGAUCUAUGUGUGGGUUGGAUGCAACACAACAAAGUUUGGCCAUUUAUAUGCUGCUGCAACCACUAGGCCGGAUAGCAGAGUGAGUGUCACCUCUGUACUAGGUGGAACAUCUGAUAACACCGGAUCAAGCAUGGCCCGCCGUCUAGUGCUGAAGACUGGUCUGAACAUAGUCCUGGCAUGCAACAUCCCAAAAGACAGCCCCAUGCUGGAGGUACUCACAGCCACAGGCUGCUGCGGAGAGGAAGCUGGUGGAGAAGCUGAAAGGUUUGGGUUACGUCGGAACCGCUGCUGAUAAGGCUAGCACUUCCACUGCACAUUGAUGCGUUGUGUGAUUUUAGUGACAAGUGCGUGAGCAUUUUGUCAAAGUGUAGUUUCAUCAUUAGGUGCAGGAGUAACACUUUGUGAUAUUUGCUGGGCUCAGUUGAUGGGGAAUUGUUCUGUAAGGCUCGUGCGCAAAGCUGGCCUGCGAUUUACGUGGAUGCUGAGACUGGAAUGGAUGGAACGUGUACAGUUGUAACACCUCAGAAAUGCAGACUGUUCGGUGAUUUGCUACUUUGAGAUCCUGAGAUGAACAUGAGUAUUGGUAUUCAUAUAA